CAGGAAAAGGCCGGCUGCUGCCGAACAACUACCCAAAGUUAACAGGCUAACAGUUAGCUCCUGGUGAUUGCCUGACACUUCCGUAAAGAACACAGAAAUAGUGUUGAACGUCAUAGUCGCAUUCAGAUGGCUGCGAUCAGAAAGAAACUGGUGAUAGUGGGUGAUGGAGCCUGUGGGAAGACAUGUCUGCUCAUAGUGUUCAGCAAAGAUCAGUUCCCUGAGGUCUACGUUCCCACCGUGUUUGAGAACUACGUGGCAGACAUUGAGGUGGACGGUAAACAGGUGGAGCUGGCUCUGUGGGACACUGCGGGUCAGGAGGAUUACGACCGUCUCAGACCUCUCUCAUAUCCAGACACAGACGUCAUCCUCAUGUGCUUCUCCAUCGACAGCCCCGACAGCUUAGAGAAUAUUCCCGAGAAAUGGACUCCAGAGGUGAAGCAUUUCUGUCCCAAUGUGCCCAUAAUCCUGGUGGGAAACAAAAAAGACCUGCGAAACGAUGACCACACCCGCAGAGAGCUGGCCAAGAUGAAGCAGGAACCGGUGAAGACGGAGGAGGGCAGGGACAUGUCAAACCGGAUCAAUGCCUCUGGUUACCUGGAGUGCUCAGCCAAGACAAAAGAUGGCGUGAGGGAUGUUUUUGAGAUGGCCACCAGAGCGGCGCUGCAGGCCAAGAAAAGAGGCAGGAAGAGUGGCUGUGUUCUGCUAUAGAGAAUCCAUUGCAGAGUCCACGGUGGGAAGGGAAAGGCCGAGCAUUCCUCUCCUCUGUCACCAGAGCAGGCAGACUUAAUUUGCUCUAACUGAGAUGAGUCAAAAAUAUGUCGAUGUCAGCCAAAGGGAAAAAUUAACCAAGAUUUAAAAAAAAAAAAAAAGAAGACAAAAGAAAGGGAGAAUUAUGAACGUAAGGCUAUAUGUUUAGCUAUAAAUUCACCAUAAAUAUAAAAGAAUAUAUAAAAGAAUACAGAAAAGGGAACAUCUCAGAUUGUUUCCGUUUCUAAUUUUGUUUGGCUUUUUUUUUUUUUUUUUUUUUUAAAGUAUCUCAUUAUGACAUAAAGCAUCUAUUAAGUAGGUCACCAUAAUACUCCCACCUGUUCUGAAUGGGUUUAUUUCGUAUUCUCUGGGUUUCUUUAUUUGGGCCUGAAUUUCUGUUUUAUAAAACUGUAUUUGCUGGCUUGCGUUUGGGCUUCAACACAUAACCAUGUUAAUUCAGUUAUUUGAAAUGAUCUCGGCUUCACAGUCAGAAAAUUCUGUUUUUAUUCCUGUAGACUGCAGAGUAUUAAAUGAUCUUUUUGUCGGGUUUUUUUUUUAAUUUUUGUUCCAGGGCUGUGUAAACACACAGCUCUGUUAGUUCAACUGUUUUUACAAAAUGUUGUGUUUAGUGCAGAAUCACAUUCAGCUGGACUUUACAGAUUGCCCCCAGACAUCAUGCAAGCCUGUAUUUCUCAAAGUCAAUUAUAAACCCCCAAAUACUCCAAAUGAAAGUCACACACAUAUAUGUAACUUUUAGUUAUUACUGAGAUAUUUCUAUGUGUAUAUUUUCUGGAAAAGGAGAAAUAAUUCUAGAUAAAUGUAUCAAAUCUAGUAAGCACAUACUCCGAACUGUGUAGUGACAGCUUUUGGAUACUCCGCUUCUUUUUCUGUAUUUAAAGACGUCUAAAAAUGGCGAAUAUCAUCUAACUCGUGUAUUAACCUGUUUAUUUUGCUUGAGAACUAAAUUGAAUGGAAUAUUAAAGUGUGAGGAGCAGUUUUAAGAUGGGCUGGAGAGGCAGAUCUCUCCAUUCUCUCUGGUCUCCUCACAUGUAGUCUCGGUGCUUUCUGUAAAAUCUGUCUCCACAGUCAGCCGUCACGCUCUGCAGCAGCCGGGCUGUUUUUCAAAGCGCUUUAGUUGUUACCUUUGUAGGCUUUUCAUUUGCGACAGAACGACUUUGACUUUGACAAACCCGGAAACGGGCAAACAAACAAACAAA